GUCACAUUUGUGCUGCGUGUAUAACAUGCCAGAAGCAGCUCUGGUGUAAUUCAGUACAUUAUGGCCUUUUCUAACAUCUCCACUGACUCGUUAAAGAAAAAGAUCGACGAGGUUCGAAGUUUUCUGUCCGUGUCAUUGCGCAUCGCGAACGCGCACACUGUAGAUUUCUACACGCGCGAUGUGUGGCGCGCGUUCAUGGCUGUGGAUCCUGAGGAGGUUUUAACCGCGGUUAAUUCCGAUCGUGACCGCACGGUGGCGCCAGAAGUGAACACUAGUUUCGGGUUCUGCGAUGUCAGUAAGAAGUUGGUGGAUGUGUCGGCUCUGCUGAGGGCUGCUGAAGCACACUCUCUGCCAGGCCUGGGAGUCUGUGUGCAGCGGCAGACACUGAUAGACACGCUGAGAGUGAUGGGUGGAGACACCCAAGAUGGGACGUCAGGUGGACCUCUCCUACCUGAUGAGUUCAUGAACUCUAAGAAGGCUCAUGAGGUGCCAGCUAUGGCUGAAGUGGUGGCUGCUUUAUCUAGAUACUGCAGAGUCAAACAGGUUAUAGAUGUGGGCUCAGGUAAAGGUUACCUGUGCUCUUUCCUCUCCAUGCAGUACAGCCUGCAGGUGUUUGGCAUCGACUGCUCCAGCACAAACACGCGUGGUGCUCAGGAGAGGAACAGGAAACUGAAGAAGUUUUCCAGAGCCUACCAAAAGCAUGGACAAGUCCGGAGUAACCAGGAAGUUCCAAAUAAAGACAUGAGAGACAGACAAGAAAAUGAUGAUGAACAGGAAGAGAGAAUGCAAGGCCAUCAUAGACCCAGACGUUCUCAUGAGCCGAAAGAUGAGCAGUAUGGUGCAGAAGAGAAGAGAGAAAUCAAAAAGCAUGCCAGAAAUAAUCACAUGGCUGAAGCUCAGUCCUCUUCUUCAUCAGAUCUGGACAAGGAUGCUCUCUCAGCCUUGAGUGGUUCCAGAGAAUCAGAACCAACAAACGCUGAUAUAGAGAACCCCUUUUUCACAGCGUUAGCGCCUGAUAUUGUGGAGCAAGCCUCCCCUCGGGUUCCCCCCAGCCAGCUGAGCGCAGAGGAGAGAGAGAGGAGGAAGAGAGAGAACCUUGAGAGGAAGGCACGGGAUGGAAAAGGCAACAGUGACACCAAAAACCUGUACUCACCUCUGACGUCUUAUGUUACAGCUGAAACAGAGCUUAGGACACUUAUUAGAGAGCUGGAGAAUGCGGUCAUGGUGGGCUUGCAUACGUGUGGAGAUCUGGCUCCCAGCACACUGCGCAUGUUCGAGGCCAAACAGGAGCUUCAGGCCGUGUGCAGCGUGGGUUGUUGCUACCACCUCCUCUCUGAGGAGUUUGACGAAGAUGCACAGGAGUGUGAGAGUGGUGUGUAUGGGUUUCCCAUGAGUCAAUAUCUACGGGACCAGGCGUGCUUCUGUGGGCGGAAUGCCAGAAUGUCUGCAUGUCUCGCUCUUGAGAGAGUAUCAGUUGGAGGAGGGCUUCCUAUUGAAUCGCUCUUCUAUCGGGCUGUUCUUCAUGUUAUUUUACAGGAUCACUAUGACGCCCAUAAAAGUGAGAAGCGUGUUGGGAAUGUUUAUUCCAAAGCGUCGUCAUUUGUGGACUAUGUGAGGAGAGCUCUCAGGAAACUAGAAUUGGACGAAUCAAAGCUCUCAGACAGUGUGAUUCAGAGCUACCAUGACCUGUACACCUCUAGGAAGAAUGAGAUGGUGGCCUUCAACAUGUUAAAGGUGACUUUGGCUCCCUGUAUUGAAGGUCUUAUCCUGCUGGACCGUCUGUGCUACUUGAAGGAACGGGAGAAUGUGGCCUACUCCACUCUGGUGCAGCUCUUCGACCCACUCCUGUCCCCUAGAUGUUACGCUAUUGUCGGAAUAAAGGGUCCUGGUAUUUUAUAAAACCCAAACAUGUUUUACCUCAAGUCUGUUUUUUUAUUGUAGUCCUAUU